CUGGACCGAAAGCACAUGCGCGAGAGUGCGUCCCCGCCCUCGCCCCCUCUUCCGCGCGGACCCUGCCCGUCCCCGCUUGUCACCUCUCAGUAGUCGCUGCCGGUGGCGGGCACGCGGGUGCGCGGGUGCGAGCAGCGCAAGACCCCCUUUCCCCCGCCCCUCAGGCCGGGUCCGGGCUCGGUUUCCCCGCUCCCUCCGCCCCCCCACACCCCCGUCAGGUACGGGAAGGUCCAAGCCGUUGCCGGGUGCCCGAGGGACUUCGUGGCCCCCGCCGCCACGGGUCCUGAUGGAGGCGCCGAAUCUCUAUCCAGUGAAGCUCUACGUGUACGACCUGUCCAAGGGUUUGGCCCGGCGGCUCAGCCCCAUCAUGCUGGGGAAACAACUGGAAGGCAUCUGGCACACAUCCAUAGUUGUGCACAAGGAUGAGUUCUUCUUUGGCAGUGGCGGUAUCUCCAGCUGUCCCCCAGGAGGGACAUUGCUUGGGCCCCCAGACUCUGUGGUUGAUGUGGGGAGCACAGAAGUCACAGAAGAAAUCUUCCUGGAGUACCUGUCCUCCCUGGGGGAGUCCCUGUUCCGAGGUGAGGCCUACAACCUCUUUGAACACAACUGUAACACCUUCAGCAACGAAGUGGCACAGUUCCUAACAGGGCGGAAGAUCCCUUCCUACAUCACUGACCUUCCCUCCGAAGUUCUCUCCACGCCCUUUGGACAGGCCCUGCGGCCCCUCCUGGACUCCAUCCAGAUCCAGCCUCCUGGCGGGGGCGCUGUGGGCCGGCCCAGCAGCCAGAGCUAACAGGACCGCAUGGCACCGCCCUGCCUCUCCAGGGCUUUUCCUUUUUAAACAAAACAAGAAGCCCUACAGAUUUCUAUUUUAUAAUUUUACACCAGAGCUAACAACCAGGGGACGGCUUUUUAAAUAUCCCAGGGAAGGAGAUUAUCAGGCUGCACUGGAAACAGACUAUGUAGGACUAUGCUGCUAAGAAACAGAACAAAAUGCCAUCCCUUCUGAUAGUAUUUUACUAAUUUAUUAAGGCUGUCUUGUGUGUGAGUUCACUUUUGACACUACUUCCUAAGCAUCCUCCACACUGGAGAAAGGGAUGGGGUUGGUUUAAGCAGAAAGCAAGAGGCACUGUUUGGGGAAGCCUCAUCUUAGAGAGAACACCCAUGCUUUACCCAGGUUGCCACCACCUGUAGAACCCAGGUGAGUUUUACAUCCACGGCCCAGAAGCAGGUACUCUCUCGCGUUAAAUGAACCACAGGAUUCGGUGCAUGUGGGGCCAGUUUCAGGAUGACUAACCCAACCUAAGUGAACUCUGUAGCCACACUCUCCCUCCCCUAACCCAAGCAAGGCCAUGGGGCCAGAGCUGGAGCAACUAGAAGCCUCAGGAUUAAGGGAGAGUGACAGCAAGUGUCAGGCCAGAGUAAACAGGAUAAAGCCAUUCCUCCCUCCACCUACACUGAUUGCCAAUCCUCUGACCUCAGUUUUGGAGAAGCUGCCUUGCUGCCUACAAGCUGCUUUUCCUCGGCAUAGCUGACCUUUCUUAAUUGAUAAAGGUUUGAGCUGGAGUGGCUGAGACCCAGGCCUUUUGUCUGUAAGUGAUAAUGUAGAUUAUUUGCAGUCACUGUACCCACCCCACCCAGACCAAUAUGCAGUAUUUGGCUAGGGACCAAGGGAAGAUGAUUCUCUGCUCACAGAAAAUAUCCCUGAUAUAGAAAGAAUCAAGGUGGCAAAAUUUAGAGCUGUUUCUGAUAGGGAUUUUUACAUUAUCCUGAAUGUGUUUUGAAGGCACGUGUUAUUUCCUUUGCCAUUCUGACUUAAAGGAAGCAUGAUUGAGGGCAUGAGUGGGCAUUCUAAUAAGCUGCUGCUAGGAGCUUAUAGGCAGGGAAUGGUCUGGAAGUUUCUUAUCUUCCAGAUUCCCCUUCUUCAUGUGAGCCUCCCUUAAAUUAGUAUUUUGCGGAAGUGAUUGUGGAGGACGACUUAGAGCUGCCAGGUAGCUGAGUCGUAGUCCUGGCAUCUUUGGGCGCCUCCUGCCAUGGCUUCUGCCACUUCUUAGACUUGAAACACGUUCUCCUUUCUGGGGUCUGGCCUCGAGCAGAUGCCUUUCCUCUCCAAAAAGCUUCUGCUCAUCUCUGGCCUCCUCUCCUAUCUCUGCUGUUAGCCAUGGCAAUUGGCAUUAUCCAUGUCUCAGCUUUAGGAGAAGACAUUAUUCUGCCUUAGUGUUUGCCUGUGACCCAACAGGGGCAUGUCUGUGAUGACCAGCUAUGAUGUCAAGUGACAUUUUGGAACUUUUAAGAUUGGAGGCCAAACCAAUGAGCAGUUUAAUUCUCCUCAAGACCCACUGGUUUGCCAUCUAGCAUUUGUUUAAGGUUAUUUAAUGUUGACCUACCAGCAGAAUAAGACCCAUGAAGAAUGGGUUCCAGGCUGGGUUUCUUCUGGGAGGCCACCACGCGGCUUGUCACCCAGGUUUCUCUCCUUUCCCAGCUUGCCUUGCCCAGCCCUCCUGGCUCCUGCUACAGAGCUCUCAGCUCUAUCAGAGGGUGCUAGGUAUCACAAGCUCCUCUUCCCUCUCCUCCCCCACAUCCAGACACUUGCUGUCUCUCCUCCCACCUAUCACCUCCAGACCCAGGGCUGUACUGAGAAGUUAGCCUAAGUGGCUCCCCUGAGAACUCUGAGUCACUCGGCUCAUUGACAGUGCCCCCUCCUGCCCAGCAGCCAUCUGUGCCAAUGCCUGUGUCCUGGGGAUUGGGGAGAAAUGGAGGGAUCAGUAAGCAGUCUUCACAGAGUUCUGCAGGCAGGCAAGUUCUCCCUAACCAGCCAAGUCCCACUGUCACUCACCUUGAAGCCUGGGCCAGGCUAGGAUCCCCAACCCCACCCUCGCAUUUCUCUGUCUAUUCCAGAACCUCAGGAGCACGCUCACUGUGACCAGCUAGCUCCACGCAGGUGUGCGCAGGCCAGUGGAGUGUGAAAUGAGCCGUGUGUGUGAUUGUGCCGCACCGCGGACACCUCUACAGAGGCCCUUUGGUUUAAAGGGACAAGGAAGGAGGAGGGAUGAGUCCUCCACCUCCCAGAAAUAAAACUUGUACCUUUGAGAUUGCUUUUUGCCCUCGAAGUCCAACUAAUAACUGUGUCUAGUACAGAGGUGUUUGCUGGUUUUCUUUGGUGUUUUUCUAAUGCAAUAAACUCAUUUCUGCCUGCUGCA